AUGGAGGAAAACUACGCUACUGUUACUCAUGUAGAAUUGGAGCGCGAUAUUCUUAUUCCCUUGGAAUGACCAAUUCGCGGAAUUGCAAGUAUUGUGCUUUCUUUAACAAAAAAGAUGAUAAUGAAACCGGAUCCUGUGACGUACUUUCUACAGGUCCAGAACAUUCCUGCAAAACUUGUACGAAAUUCAACACGAACUGGCUUUAUCAAUGUUUUCCAGAAAGUAUCUCACAAGUAAGAUAUUAUAUAGUAUAGUUGUAACUGUUAACGAUAAUCAGGAAGAGGAUAAAACUCUAUUUGUUUUCCAUUUCAGAGAGCUCGCAGACGCUUUCCGUUGUGACACCGCAUUGCCCAAAGAUCUCUACUCUGUUAAGAUAAACUUUGCAAGCGGAAACCAAAGCUGCAAUGAAUUGCGGUAGUUGACGCUAAAAAAGGGCCUCAACUAAGACAGACAUCGUCUGUUGGUAUAGUGCCUCCAUGCUUUAAGUAA